UCCUGAGCAUCCUACAACGCCUCCAUGAGCUUCCCACUUAUCGAUUCCCAAAUUGAGAAAUUGCAAGCGAACAAGAAGAAAUGGGUCAACACAUCGUUUGCAGACAAAGUGCAGAUGCUGAAAAAGAGCAAAGAGCUUUUGCAUGAACAUGGUUUGGAGUGGGCAAAAGCUGCUAUGAAGGCCAAGGGUUAUGUGGAUGAUCACCAUGACUACGAACAUCUACUCGGCGAAGAGAUUUUCGGUAUGGCUCAAGCACAGGGCAAGUCAUUGAAUUACUACAUCGCCACUUUUGAACCUCUGGCCAAACAACAGGCUAGCAAGAAGCCAUAUUCAGUGCCUGGCGCGUAUGGAGGUAUGACCGAGAGUAUCGACGGUAAAAGUACCGUGUGCAAGGUGUUCCCGUCCAACAUAACUGAGAAGGUGGUGUAUGGUGUGCUAUCUGGGGAGCUUUGGGUAGAGCAUGUAGACCUGAAAGCAGGUCAGAAGCCCAAGCAAGGUUCUAGAGCCCUCGAUCGAGACUACUCUGGGGAUGUUGCCUUAGUACUUGGUGCAGGUAAUCAAACUGCGAUCCAAACCGGUGAUGUUUUAUACUAUCUUUUCAACAUGCAAGAUGUGGUGCUCCUCAAAUGGAACCCCGUGAACGACUACGGUCACAAGUUCUUUGAGAUGGUGUAUGCACCUUUCAUCGAAGCUGGCGUGGUUUGCAGUAUUACGGGUGGAGUGGACGUGGGCAAGUACCUCACUUCACACCCGAGUUUGAAUAAGAUGCACAUGACUGGCUCUGGUGCGACGCACGACCAGAUUGUGUGGGGUCCCGGUGAUGCAGAGACCAUCAAGAGAAAUAAGCAGGCUGGCAAGAAAUCGUGCGAUAAGGAAUUCUGUUCGGAAUUGGGCUGUGUGAGUCCCGUCCUGGUUACUCCCGGGGAGUGGAGCAAGGCUGAGAUGGACAAUCAAGUCCAGCACCUGGCAGGAACAGUCGCGCACAACAACUCCUUCAACUGUGUGGCGUCUAAGGUAUUUGUGGUGGACAGUAAGUGGGCGCAGAAAGAGGAGUUCCUUGCUGGCCUUAAGAAAGCUCUAGCGAGUGCGCCUACGCGCAACCCAUACUACCCCAACUCGCACAAGCGUCACGCAGAAAUUGUGGACCACUACGGUAACCGAGCAGCGGUAGUAGGUCAAACCAAGAAAAGUGCAGAUCAUCUAGAAACCACUCUAGUAGCUAAUCUCAAGAGUAGUGCGGUUGCCCAGGACGAAAAAGCCCUUGUGUGGGAAUCAUGGACACCUUUCGCGGCGGUUCUGGAGAUGGACCAGACCGACGGCAGUGUGAAGGAUUUCCUAAACCAAUCUGUGGCAUUCUGCAACGAGCGCUUGUAUGGCACGCUUGGUGCGACAAUAGUCAUCGACCCCAAGUCUGAGGCGGAUAAUAAGCAAGUCUUUGAGAAGGGUAUUGCGAAUCUCAAUUACGGUACAGUCGCGGUGAAUGCCUGGACUGGAAUCGUCUUUAUCACUCCGAACAUGGUGUGGGGUGGAGCACCCGGAGCGACAGCAGAGGAUGUGCAGAGUGGUGUUGGAUGGGUGCACAAUUCAAUGCUGUACGACGAGGUCCACAAGAGUGUCUUCCGCGCUCCCUUCCGUAUGCCUUUGGGACUCAAAUUGCCCUGGAACCCGACUGUAGAGAAUCUACGUGCCUACGCGCAGGUGGGUGCAGAUGUGGAGACGCAGGGUGGUGUGGUGAACAUGCUCAAAUUCUUGAAGCAAACCGUGAGUUCGUGUACUUGAGGUAUUUGUGAAAUAGGGCUAUCCGGCUGAUGGCACGCGCGCAUGCGUAGAUAAAAAUAAAUAUAAUAAUCAAGUUAG